UGCCGUAUCUUUAGCUCCAUAAUCAGUCGAUCUAGUACCUUUGCUUGCCUGUCAAUAUGUUCCUGCAAUUGGGACUUGUUUGUUUUGUUGUUUUCAUGACUUGUUUCAACGCGGCAGCAAGUCCUGUAGAUGAUGAUGAAGCGACUGUCCAUCACGAGCCAUUCUUGGGUCUUGUACCCAAAAUCUCUGAAAACUUCGAUGAUGUGGAUGAAAGCCCUCAUCUUUCGAUUCGCCAGACCUGUGACCCCAAGUGGACAACCCUCGACCCACGCCACACCAUGUGUCUCACCGACGUGGGCGUCGCGGUUCCGCUGGACGCCGCCACCAAGGCCGCUCUGGUGCAGCAACACAACGACCUGCGCAGCCAAGUCGAGCCGCUCGCGGCGGACAUGCAGGAAAUGGCAUGGGACGAAGACCUCUCCAUUGUCUCCGAGAAGUGGGCCAUGCAGUGUGUCGUUGGCCACGACAACUUUACUGCACGUCAAGUCCCUUCUCUUCCCAGAGUCAUGAUAGGACAGAACGGAGGCUUUGGGUACUCCACAUUUGCUGAUGCAGUUCAGGCGUGGUUUGACGAGCGCAAAGAUUUCCUUUACGGCAAAGGCUCUACUGGAGGUGUAGUAGGGCACUACACACAGGUCGCCUCAUCGAGGGCAGCGCGGGUUGGCUGCGGGCAAUCAUAUUGUGCGGGACGCCCGUAUUUGAAAUACUACUUCUGCAACUAUGCCGUUGGACAAACGAGAGGAGAUACUAUUAAACCAUACAAAAACUCCAAUGUCAGCUGCUCGGAUUGUCCAACCAAGUGUGACACCAGUGGAAAGCUGUGUGACUGUGAAGGUAAAGUGUGUCUCAACGGAGGUACUUUCAACAUAGUGAAUUGCACCUGUACCUGCGAGAAGCCCUUCAGUGGUGACAUCUGCCAGACGCUAACCUGCCCAAAAAUAGACCCGUCGUACUGUAACAAGAAUUGGCCACCACCCUACUGUAAAAUAUACGAGAACGUGCCCUAUGCGUGCCCCUACAUGUGUGGCAUCUGCACCGCAAGUGGUUAGUGAACGUUCCUCACAAGCUGGACAACUGAAUGGCUAAAGACCCGUCAACAUGAUUCAGUCUGAUGGAGCACUCGCUUUUAAUGUUGUACAACUUGAAAGUCAUUAAAGAUUUAUCUAACAAAA